AUGGAACACGCCGAGGCUAUAAACACAAAGGAGCUAGAGCACAAAGUGGAAUUGGCCAAGGUCAAGAACGAGCUCACAGAGGCAUACAGUCAGAUUUCCAGACUCCAGCCCAUUGCAAAAAGUGGGAAACCCACGAAAAAAAAAAAAAGACUGGAACAGGAAGCAGAAAAGAAGCGCCAGGAAGAAGAAGCUGAAAAGCAAAACCUGGCCGAUGCGGCCCGUCGGAUUGUGGAAAAGCGGGAAAGUAAAAUGGCAACAUAUAAAUCCCAACUGAACGCCUUGCAAGAAAAAGACACGCAAGCUAAAGAAUAUUUCACAAAGAUCCAGGAAGAAUUGGAAGAGGCACAGGCCAGAAUUACCACCCUGGAUCAAGCCGCGAGUCAACACUCCGGAACCAUCUCCGAGUUAAAGAAAAAGAAGGCAGAGUUCGAAAGAAAGUACGUAGGCAUUUCUAAACAGAAGGAGAGCGCUGCCCAGGCAUUUGAGAAGACCAACCAGACAGUUUCAGACCUAAACUGUGAGGUGCAGGAUCUCAAAGACCAACUUUGCGAGAAUGAGAGCCGCAACAAUGCUCUGGAAAGCAGGAGCGAUAUCUUCGCCGGUAUCCCCGACGAUAUCAACUUCUCUGGCAUUGUGAGGUUGUCACCAGAACUGGAAAAGUCCGUCGAGCAUUGCAAGCAAUAG